UGUCCUCGCAUCUCGAAACCGUAAAACGCAAUGUCGUAAAAAACAAGAAAAGCGAAGUCCAAUGACAAAAAUAAAAGGCAAAUUAGGAACGACGUCAGUCAAUGGCAUCCUCGCGGCUUCAUCUGGGCGUGGGGACCGGCGGAGCGGACCCAUUCCCAUAUAACUAAUAAAACCGCCUAUUCCAAUUUCCAACGUCACCUAGUCUGCAAAACCUCCUCUAUUUGACCCAAAACCGGGCAACCGGAACGCAACAAAAAACACAACGCUCUCCGUUCCAACAAAUUUCUGCUUCUGUAACCGAAUAUUGCCCAUCGAUGGAGUUGGAGGACGGUUCUGGAAUCGUUCAAGAAGCGGAAGAUGGAAGAAGAUCGAAGAAGGAGGUGGAAUCGAAUGAGAUCAGGAAGAGAGGCAAUGCAAAGAAGAAGAAUAAGAAGAAGAAGAGCAAAAAGCUGUCGUAUUAUUAUAUGCCCAAGUUUAGGUGUUUCAGCAUCGAAUCGGAAGCGGACGGAAGAGGGAAUUUCGAUAUGGAGGUUGAUCAUAGAUGCCGAGAUAAAGCUCCCACUCACUUGAUUAUAAUGGUUAAUGGACUUAUAGGCAGUGCUCAGAAUUGGAAAUUUGCUGCGACGCAGUUUUUGAAGAGUUUUCCCGAAGAUGUUGUUGUUCACUGCAGCACCUGUAAUUCUUCAAUGUUGACAUUCGAUGGUGUUGAUGUAAUGGGAGACAGAUUGGCAGAAGAGGUUAUAUCUGUUAUAAAACGUCAUCCAGGUGUUCAGAAGAUUUCAUUUAUUGGUCAUUCAUUAGGUGGCCUGAUAACAAGGUAUGCUAUUGCUAGGCUUUAUGAGCCAGAUAUCACAGGAGAGCUAUCCCUGGAAAAUGGAGGUCGCACGAGUGAUGGUUCUGAAGAUACAACCAAGGAAGAGAAAUUCAAAGGCAAAAUUGCUGGGCUGGAGCCUGUGAAUUUUAUAACCUCAGCAACCCCACACCUUGGUUCAAGGGGACAUAAACAGGUCCCAGUUUUUUGUGGCUUCAACAGUUUAGAAAAAAUGGCCUCUCGCAUAUCAUGGCUUUUAGGUAGAACUGGAAGACAUUUAUUUUUAACUGACAGUAAUAAUGGAAAGCCUCCCCUUCUUCUUCAGAUGGUCAAAGACACUGAAGAUCUUAAAUUCAUGUCUGCAUUGCUGUCCUUUAGGCGUUGUGUUGCCUAUGCGAAUAUGCGAUUUGACCACCUGGUUGGAUGGAGUACAUCAUCUCUACGGCGUCAAAUGGAGCUUCCAAAGCUCAAAAGGCUAUCACCAUAUGACAAAUAUCCACAUAUCGUUAAUGUGGAGACAGCACAACCUGCCAGUCCUCAAGAAGAAAUCCCUUCGACAACUGAAGUCAAUAGAUGCAAGAAUAUCGACAUGGAAGAGGAAAUGAUUAGAGGUCUCACAAAAGUAAGCUGGGAACGCAUUGAUGUGAACUUUAGUGGAAGUAGACAAAGAUAUCUUGCGCACAAUACCAUUCAGGUGAAAAAUUAUUGUAUCAAUGGCGACGGGGCUGAUGUGAUCCAGCACAUGAUUGACAACUUUGUUUUAUGAAACGUGGAAUACUUUGCCAUCAAAAUUUCAGCGGAGAAAAUACCACUCAAUGGCAUUUGAAAUCACCACUCAACAUGGACCUCAAAUUGAGUUGCAAUUUCACCGUCUGACGUUUACAAGUACUCACAGACCAUGAUGCUCUCUCCACUCGUGUAACUCCAUGGGGCCGAGGGCCCCCAUGUGAGACAAUUUUGCAGACUGAGGAUGGAGCAGAUAGUGAGCUACUGAAAUAAUAUUACUUGGAGGGGUUAAAGGUGCCUAGCGAGGGAUGUGUAUGAUCAGGUACAAUGCUACACUUUGUUCUAUGUAACUUUUUUUCAUGAUAAGAGAAAAAGGGAAGACAAUGAGAGCAAGGGUAGUCUUGUGUUUCUAAAAAAGCAAAUACGGCCGCAAAUGUAAUAUUUAUUGAGACCAUUUCAUUUAGACAAAAAAUUAGCUAAAAUAGUUUAGAAAUCAAUCUUGCCUCUUUUUUAUAUGAAUGUGGAUGUAAAGGCUCUGUACCAGUUGAGACGAGUGCAGGUGCCAAAAGCAUGUAAUGAACACGAGCUUUCACUUA